ACAAAAGGUGAAGAGUUUCUUAUGCAGCUGGUUGGUUAUAGUGCUGAGUCACAGCGCAGGCUGGGUGAAUUUGAGUUUUUUUCUACAGUGUUGUUAUUUCUUCUCCAGUACUGACACUAUCAGUAUAGUCAAGUUGUGAAGUGUCUAUAGUCCCAGUAUGAGUAAGAAGACAAUCAUUAUCACAGGAGCCAAUACAGGCAUUGGGUUUGCAGCAGCCAGAAUCCUGUGUAGAUCAGGAGACAAGUAUACAGUGAUCUUAGCCUGUAGAUCUGAGGAGAGAGGACAGGAAGCUGUGAAGACCAUCAAAGAGGAAAGCCCCAAUGCAGAUGUGGUCUACAUGAAUUUGGACCUGUCAAGUAUGGCAUCUGUUCACAAAUUUGUGGAGAAUUUCCACGCCAGCGGACGCAAGCUUCAUGUGCUAUGUAACAACGCAGGGAUGUUUGUGGGCAACACUUGCAACACACCACAGAUUACCGAGGAUGGCUUUGAAGUUACUAUGGCAACAAACCAUCUGGGUCACUUCCUCCUGACCAGUCUGCUGCUGGAUGACUUGAAAAGUACAGCUCUUAUUGAAGGGGAAGCUAGAAUCGUCGUCACUGCAUCAUAUUCACACGACAUUGUAAAGGCGAAGUUUAUGGGCACUAAACCAACCAACUGGGAUGAUAUGAACUACACUACAUCCGAUCCCUUUAAUCCUACACAGGCAUAUAAGGACUCCAAGCUGGCCAAUGUGAUGUUCACCAGAGAACUGGCCAAGAGACUGGAAGGCACCAAUGUCACUGUCAACUGCUUCUGUCCAGGUAAUAUAUAUAUAUAUAUAUUGGGCACUAAACCAACCAACUGGGAUGACAUGAACUACACUACACCCGGUCCCUUCAAUCCCACACAGGCAUAUAAGGAUUCCAAGCUGGCCAAUGUGAUGUUCACCAGAGAACUGGCCAAGAGACUGGAAGGCACCAAUGUCACUGUCAACUGCUUCUGUCCAGGAAUGAUUCGUACCCAAAUUGGUCGAAAUAUCGUCGGCUGUAUCAAGUGCUUGUACAACUUUGCUUUCUGCUGCUGUGGUUGUCUUGGACACAGUCUGCACCAGGGUGGAAACGCCAUUGUACAACUGGCUGUCAGCGAUGUUGUUAAAGGAGUAACUGGUCGUUACUUUAUUGACCAGGAAGAAGUCACUCCUGCUGCUGAGGCCUUGGAUGAUGAAGCCUGUAAAAAGCUGUGGACCCUCAGUGAACAGAUGGUGGGAGGGAAGAAGGAAGAAAAAGAAUAUCCCAAUUUGGAAGGGGGAGUAACUGGUCGUUACUUUAUUGACCAGGAAGAAGUCACUCCUGCUGCUGAGGCCUUGGAUGAUGAAGCCUGUAAAAAGCUGUGGACCCUCAGUGAACAGAUGGUGGGAGGGAAGAAGGAAGAAAAAGAAUAGAGUGGAGAGAGCCUACCCCUUCCAAAGUUUACAAUGAAAGAGACUGACACAUCAGCUAAAGAGAUGGGUUUGAUGAAGAAUGAAAAAAGUUGAAAAAUACUAAAAUAAUAUUUUGAAAUAUGAUACUAAAGUGACUGUCGAAGUAGAGUUGAAACAACUUGGAGAAAGCUGGGAGCCAUUCAACAACUAGCUCAUGAACAUAUUAUUAUAUUUUUAUAUAUUAUUUUAUUGUAUUUUAUUUAUAUAUGCUCAAGCAAAAUUACUAGAAUAAUAUUUUGAAAUAUGAUACUGAAGUGCCUUUCAAUUAGGCAGACGGCCACAUUAUUUUAUUUUAUAUAUUAUUUUAUUAUAUUUAUAUAUGCUCAGGCAAAAUACCAUUUUCUUUGAAAUUCCAUCAAUUAUCUGAAUACACUAAUGUAAGCCCAUUACAGCUAAGAUGUCUUAGCUUCAAGUGUAUAAUGUAAGCAGGUAUAGAAGCACUGCCCGUCUUGUCAAAUUAUAGAAUUUUCGUUUUUUUAGAAAUUGCAUCCGUUUUUCUAAAUACACUUAUAUAUAUACCCCUUCAAUGCAGCUUAGAUAUUUGAGAAAUAACCAAAACAGGUGUAAGAGCACCGCCCACCUUGCCAAAUCAAUAGCUGUGUGCUUGUAAGUCCGCCUAUUUUACAUGGGGUUUACGCAUUGCUAUAUUCUCUUCUUUUACUGUGUUACUCUCUGUUUAUAGUUUUAAAUCUAUAAUAUUAUUGACCAGUAUUAACAACAUUCAAUUUUUACAUUCCACUUGAUAUUUUUGUAAAUUGUUUUGCAGUAAUAUAUAUAUAAAUAUAGAUAAAUUUUUAUUUUUAAAUGUGCCAUCAUUAUGUGUUGGGGACAUUGCUUCCAAUGUAAUGUUUAAGACGUUAUAACUUCAAAUACUGUACUAGAUAAAAUAAAAUAAAAAUCUUAUUACGUGGCAGGAAUCGACUGUGAGGUUGCCAUGGUUUUUGCUGAUCAGAUACAUGUAGUAGGAUAAUCAGAUCAUUUCUGCACAGUUUUAUUGUCUUAUGUUUAACACACAUGCUUUAGUCUUAGCAGACUGUACAUGUAUAUCUGUCAGCUUUAGCUGGCUUGUUUUAUUGUUUUAACAUUAUCACCUCAUAACUGGUAAUUUUGCAUAAUGUUGUUUGCUAUACAUUUGGUUUAUUUUAUAGAGCAAGGCGCAUGUGACUUGCUAUGAUUUCACGAAGUACUAAUAUUUACAUAUUGUUAUUAUAAUGUAAUACACAGGGUAAAUAAAAAUAAUAUAUAAUAUAUAUGUGACAUCUUUUUAGUUAAGCAUUGAUUUCCCGUGGACGCAGAACAUGAAUUAACCAAUGUUCAGACUUAGACCAAGAGUACUCAGUACAUAUAGAGUGCAGAUAUUGUGGAGAAGGAAUCCUCAAAGCUUGUAACUGGGUUUUAAAGCUAUGUAUAAGUAUAUAAGCCAGACUUUGUAGUCUGGACACAAGUGCCUUUCCCUUUAUUACCAGGGUGUUUACAUAACCAACCCUCAUAUGGUGAUUAUAUGAAUCCAGGCAGCUUGAACAGUGUUGUAUAUAGUCCGGUGGCUUAGAUAUCUAUGACACACACUUAAUUAGUAGAUUUCCUGUUUUGUUUGGACAUUUGUGAUU